AUGGCCGCCCACCCCGAUGCGGGUCAAGCCGCUGCCCAGUUCGAGUUCAUGAAAAUGCAGUUCGCGAACAACCUGGGGCAUGUCGCCCAGUCAUUGCGCGACUGUGCGGCCAUCGCUGACCAGCUCGCUGGAUCCAUGUCUGGAAUGCCGUACAACCAAGCUCCGCCUACUACCGGGAAACGCAAGAUGCGCGAGGUCGAGGGCAAAAAGACGAGGAAGAAAAAGGACCCCUUGGCACCGAAACGACCCCCGUCGUCGUACCUGCUGUUCCAGAAUGAGGUCCGUUCUGAGCUGAAGAAGACGCACCCGGGCAUGCCGAACAAUGAACUGCUGGGCAUGAUAGCGAAGCAGUGGUCAGAGAUGUCGCAGGAGGAUAAGGAGAAAUACGAGACCCUGCAGAGGGCUGCGAAGGAUCGGUAUUUGGAGGAAAAGGGCGUCUACCAAGCAGGAGGAUCUCCGGCUACUGCAGUGGCACCUGUGGCACCCCCUGUGAUAAUAGCCACCCCGCCCGUUGUGAAGCCGGUCGUGCCCGCCGUGGUUGCUACCACCUCUUCGGAUGAGGAGUCUUCCGAGGACGAAGAGGAUGGAUCGUCUUCGGAUGACAGUCCUGCUCCUACGCCUCCCCCAUUGAAGAGAAAGAAGGAGGAGCCUGGGAAGGCAGAGCGCACCCCGAAGAAGAAGAAAACGUCGAAGGCCUAA